ACAGACUAUGGCACAAAUUCCCUCUCUCUGUUAUUCUCCCCUCAACACGUCUUAGGAAAAGCUUGUGUCAAGAGGGGAUUGUUCCUUGAACUUCUGUGUUAGAUUCAGUAAAUCACCUCAGGUGUGAAGAGGCAAAGGCGUCAGUGGUGUGGUCAGAAUACAGUUGCAGAAAAUGGCUGCCGUUUCAACAUAUGGGGGCACGGACACUGGUUCAGAAGGUCGAGAGGGAAAGGUGUGGGGAGAACGAGGCAUGCUGGAUCCCACAACAUUCUGUGGUUUCUAUUAAGUAAAGCUGCUGGGAAACUGAAAUCGUGUUGUGCUAGAGCACGCCGGGUGGGGUUGAAGUUCUUGGAGUCUGCUACAACUCCCUCUUGUCUUUCUGCUCUUGGUGGAACAGUUUCCAGAUUCACUUAAGCUUGUUUGUAAUUAGGCAUUUCUAAGAAAAUAAGAAUAGGAGUGAAGAAAUCGUAAUUUAAUCCUUGAAAGAUUUGCAUCCCAGUAAAAGCAGCUGCCUCUUAGAGCAGAAAGCGCUCAUUUGCCACCGUGGAAAAUAAAAAGGAGACCUCCUUUCAGGCUGAAUUGCAUGCCUACAUACACAUUUCAGUUUGUUUUCAUCAGCACUACCAACACUGACUCUUCAGAGAGCAGAGAUGCUUUGGCAACUGUAUUUAUUUGUGUUUGCUGCCUCCAUGAUUUUUAGUUUUGUAGGAAUCAUUGCAAAUCUGCUUAUUAUAGUGGUCAUUUAUAAGACUUGGAUCAAAAGCCACAGAAUCUCCCCUUCAGACAGGAUCCUGUUCAGCUUGGCCGUCACUAGAUUCCUGACUCUGUGCUUGUUUCUCCUGAACUCUGUCUACAUCACUACAAGUGCUGUAAGGUCAGUCUCCUUCUCCACAGUUUUCCUAUUGUGUUGGAAGUUUCUGGACUCCAACAGUCUCUGGUUAGUGACCUUGCUGAACAGUUUGUAUUGUGUGAAGAUCACUAAUUUCCAGCAGCCAGUGUUUCUUCUCUUAAAAAGGAUGGUCUCUGCAAAGACCUCCAGCCUGCUGCUAGCAUGUCUUCUGAUUUCUGCCUUCACCACACUCCUGUACCUUGUGCUCACACGGAUAUCACGUUUUCAUGAACACGUAACUGGGAGCAAUGACACGGUGUUCGACCUCAGUGAGGGCAUCUUGACAUUGGCAGCCUCCUUGGUCUUGAGCUCACUAUUGCAGUUUAUGCUCAAUGUGACAUUUGCCUCCUUGUUGAUCCAUUCCUUGAGAAGACAUGUGCAGAAGAUGAAGAGAAACACCAGCAGCUUUUGGAAUCCCCAGAUGGAGGCUCACGUGGGUGCCAUGAGGCUGAUGAUCUGUUUCCUCCUGCUCUACAUUCCGUAUUCCAUUGCUGCCCUGCUCUAUCUUCCUUCCUAUGCAAGGAAGAACAUGAGAGCCCAGGCUGUUUGCAUGAUUAUCACUGCUGCUUACCCUCCAGGACACUCUGUCCUCCUCAUCAUCACACAGCAUAAGCUGAAAGCUAAAGCAAAGCAGAUUUUCUGUUUCUAUAAAUAGUGACGUUUCAUUAGGAAAGCUUGACAGUAUCACUUCAUGAUUUGGUUUUGUGUUAGAAAUUUCCCAGUGAUCUAAGGACUUGAUUUUGUCAUCUUCUAUCUGGCAUCCUGACCCUGAUCCUAAGUGCUUGUAUUUUAUCCAAUACUUCAUCCUUUGGCUAAUAUUUUUAAAGUAAAGCACAUUCCUUAAGGAAUUGUAUGGGGCAUUUGUGGAUUUUGCUUGGUCAUUAUUACAUUCUUAGACGAUGGAAAUCACCAUACUGUUCCACUAGCUCCCUAAGUAUAAUGGAAUGUCCCUGAAUGAAGGCCACAUUGUGAAGUACAUGGUUAACACAAACUAGAGAAUUUAACCAAGAAUCCCCGGAGAAGAUAUCACUAAUAGGUAAGCUGUCACUGAGUAGAUUAUUGGCUUGAAGUGUAACAAGGCAGCAGAAAAAGAAAAGGGGGGGGGCUUCAGAGCAAAAGAGAGGCAUUCGCGGGGCAUAGCAGAUAAAGGAUCCUGAUGUUUGUUGAGCUGUUACC